GUUGCGCAGACACACUUAGGUACACAAGAUACUGAGGCUGGGUGAGGCAGAAGAGAAGAGACCGCAAACAGCCACUGGUUGCUCAUUGACACUCAAGCUUAAGGAGGGUACAGACAGCCUAUCCUAUGUGUGGCUCUUCACAAGGCUUCACAGCCUCCUCGUCUGAAUGCACCACAGCCAUGUUAACCUCAGAGAGGUCUCCACAAAGCAUAGGAGUCACCACUGCAGCAAUGUCAGAAUUGCAGGAUGUAGAUGUAAAUGUUGCAUCAUGGAGCGAGGCAGACUUUGAGGAGAAGUGCACUUACAUUGUGAAGGACUACCCACUGGAAGAAGAGUCUGAAAACCAUGGCAAGACGCGGGCAGAGAGAUCCCUACCCAGAAACCUUGCCCUGAAACACUCCCACAACUCAAAAGAGGUGCUCGGGGUGGCCAGUAAGGAGCUGAUUCCCAAGGGGACGCGUUUUGGCCCUUUCAUUGGGAAACGCUACACCAAUGAAAAACUGCUGAAAGACGCUAACAGAAAGUACUUCUGGAGAGUCUUCUUGAACGGGCACUUACACCACAUCCUGGAUGGUUUGGAUGAGGAGCACAGCAACUGGAUGCGAUAUGUCAACCCAGCACGAGCAGUGGAGGAACAGAACCUGGUUGCAUGCCAGAAUGGCUUGGAAAUCUUCUUCUACACUAUUAAACCUCUUCAGCCAGGCCAAGAGCUUCUGGUGUGGUACUGCUCUGAAUUUGCCCAGCGCUGCAACUACCCUCCACUGGGACAACUGGCUGUUAACAAAAAUGAACAGAAUGAGGUCCAUGAGAAGACUACAGGAAAACGAGGACACACCGUCUCUGAGAUCCUCCGGGCGGAGCCUUCCAAAACUAUGUCCACCUUUCACAGAUCUCUGGAUGGUGCUCUAUCUCAGAUUAAUGCUCCAACAGUUUUUCCCUUGUGUCCCAGUGUCAUCUACCCAAUUCAGUCCUUAUCAGAAGACACCCAUGGCCACAAAUAUGAAUCUCUGCUAUCAUUGCCAUCCUGCAGCCCUCCUCCUGCCAAAAGGCCAGCACUAAGCAAGCCUAUCCCCACACAUUUGCACUUCACCUUUCAGCACAGUCAGGACUCUGUUAAAGUCAAACCUUCCGAAGAGACAUCUAUGCCAGAUUAUUUCCAGCCUGCUCUCAGGUAUGGUCCCUAUCUACUGCCUCACUACUCCAUUGGCUUUCUACCUCAUUCACACCCAUUCCACAGUGAUCAGUUUAAGCAUCUGUCAUCUAAUUUCUUGCCUUUUGACAACUAUGCACAUCUACAUCCUUUCGCAAGUGGAUGCAAAGACUUGACAAAUGUGCGAUCUGAUUCCAAACAAGACCUCAUUCUUUCACCAACCAGUGAACACAAAGCCAACAAGGACCUUAUAUCCCAAAGGACAAACUACCUCAGGAACCCUUCAAAUGACCUCAAAGAUUUUAAACACUCUUCUAGCAGCAAUGUUCACACAGACCUCAUGAUACCAAUCAAAGCCAGCGCCUCACCCGUCGACACUGAACUCCAUGGAGACAUCCCCUCUCUUGUACCUGGAGGACACUCACCACCAGUGGGCAUGGCCGCCUCUUCGAACCGCCUUCCUUUCAAACCUACCUCGGCCACUCAAAGCAAUAGUGAAGAUGCAAUGGACCUCAGGAGGACAAAGCAAGUAGGGCAGCUUAUUGGCUACAAAACCCUGUCCUACCCUCUCACCAGGCAGAAUGGAAAGAUCCGGUAUGAGUGCAACAUCUGUGGCAAGGUCUUUGGGCAGCUGUCCAACCUCAAGGUCCAUCUGCGAGUGCACAGUGGUGAGCGUCCUUUUAAGUGUCAGACCUGCAACAAGAACUUCACUCAGCUGGCACACCUUCAAAAACACUAUCUGGUUCACACAGGAGAGAAGCCCCAUGAGUGCAAGGUGUGCCAUAAGAGAUUUAGUAGCACUAGCAACUUAAAGACCCACCAAAGGCUACACUCGGGUGAGAGGCCUUACCAAUGCAAGCUCUGCCCAGCCCGGUUCACUCAGUUCAUCCACCUCAAGCUUCACAAACGCCUGCACAGUGAAGAGCGUCCUCACCGCUGUCCUUGCUGUCCCUGUGCUUAUCUCCACUACUGCAGCCUGCAGGUGCAUCUCCAAGGCUUCUGCCCUCUCUCCCCGUCAGCCUCCCUCAGACACACACCAGAGGAGCUACAUCGGAUCAACUCAAAGAUAGAGAGGUUUGACAUGAGUGAGGCUGCAGAGGAGCUCGAAGUAAUGGCUGCAGAGGUUGACAUGGACAGCAGGAAUGUCAUUGACCUGAUUCAGAAGAUAGAGAAUACUGUCUCAGUCCACCAGGAUGGUACCUGAGAGGAGACUGAGCUGAGUAUCUACAGAUCAAUAAAGGAGUGUUCAGGCGCUAAGCUGCAUCAUGACAGUCCUAUAUGUCUGAAUCCAACCAGCAUCAAGCUGGAGUCAGGCUGAAUUUCAACGACUUAAGACUGCAUGCUAAUCCAACCUAAUAAUCCUUACGGGUCAACUCAGCAGCUGUCUGUUACUGCCCUAUUUGAAGUAAAGCCUUAUCUCAAUCAUGGAUUGCCUAGCCUAUUCUCUACAGGGACUGCAACUUAUGAAGAGUCAAAACUUUGCCACUGUGGCCUGGAAAAAGUGACUUGAUCGAUUUUAUGUCUAAAUCUUUGUUAAUUUAUUAAGUUGAUGAUUUUAAUCUAACAUGCAUAAAAGCAUUGAAUUCUAACAUUUUCAACUAUCUUGUUUUGUAUCUCUGGAACAUCUUGAUGGAACAAAAACUAAACAUGUGAUUAUGCAGAAAAGAUUUUACUUUGUGGUUUCAUUGUGCGUUAUCAAGAGUUCCUGAUUAUGUGGAUAUUUAUAUUGCCCUGAUUAAAGUGAAAAUGACUGUA